CUCUUACACAAACUACAAAGCCUAUCUUUAGCUCUCCAUAUACAAAGUCGCAAACCUUUUUCCGAAAGCAGAGCAUUUUAUUAAUAGAAAAAAGUAAUUCAACUUUGGCUUUUCGAUCCCAUGGACAGGUUACCUAAAAAUGGAGCUAAUUUUGUGCCUCUUACUCCUCUAACCUUCUUAACCAGAGCCUCCAACUCUUACACCACACGCACCUCUGUUAUUUAUGCCAAUGUCCGCUUCACUUGGCGUCAAACCUACGAGCGUUGUUGUCGUCUCGCUUCUUCGCUCAGGUCCUUAAACAUUGUCAAGAAUGACGUGGUCUCGGUCCUGGCACCAAAUGUACCGGCCAUGUUAGAAAUGCAUUUUGCUGUGCCAAUGGCAGGGGCUGUGCUGAACACCAUCAACACUAGGCUAGACCCUAGAAACGUUGCCCUCAUUCUCAAGCACUCAGAAGCUAAGGUCUUUUUUGUUGACUAUGAAUACGUCGACAAAGCUAAAAAGGCCCUUGAAAUUCUAAUGUCCGACUUGGAAAUGCCAAUGCCUCUCAUUGUUGUAAUUGAUGACCUCGACUCCCCCACUGGAAUCCGGUUAGGGGAGCUCGAAUACGAGCUAUUGGUGUACCAAGGCAACCCUGAAUAUGUCCCUGAAAAUAUUGAUGAUGAAUGGGAUCCGAUCACUUUGAGCUAUACAUCAGGUACAACUUCAGAGCCAAAGGGAGUUGUGUACAGCCACAGAGGUGCAUUCUUGAGCACUUUGAGUUUAAUUUUGGGAUGGGAAAUGGGUACGGAGUCCGUGUACUUAUGGUCCCUCCCAAUGUUUCACUGCAAUGGGUGGACUUUCACAUGGGGAAUUGCUGCAAGAGGAGGGACCAAUGUCUGCAUCCGUAAUACUACCGCACAAGAAAUUUACUCCAACAUAACGCUGCACAAAGUUACGCAUAUGUGUGCAGCACCUAUUGUUCUCAACAUAAUCCUCGAGGCCAAGCCACAUGAGCGGUGCCAAAUAACAGCCCCAGUCCAAAUACUGGUGGGAGGUGCACCCCCACCAGCUCCACUUCUCGAGAAAAUCGAGAGACUAGGGUUCCACGUGGUCCACGCCUAUGGCCUCACUGAGGCCACAGGACCAGCGCUCGUGUGCGAGUGGCAAUCCAAGUGGAAUAAAUUACCAUGGGAAGAACAAGCCAAGUUGAAGGCAAGACAAGGCCUCGGCAUACUGACACUUGCUGAUGUUGAUGUGAAGAACUUCAAGACUAUGCAAAGUGUGCCUCGUGAUGGAAAAACAACAGGGGAAAUAUGCCUGAGGGGAAGCAGCAUAAUGAAAGGGUACUUAAAGAAUGAAAAGGCAAAUUCAGAAGUUUUCAAGAAUGGUUGGUUUUUCACAGGAGAUAUGGGAGUGAUUCACUCUGAUGGUUACUUGGAAAUCAAAGACAGAUGCAAAGAUGUAAUCAUUUCGGGUGGAGAGAACAUCAGCAGCGUCGAAGUAGAAAGUGCAAUACUGAAACAUCCAAGUGUAAUAGAGGCAUCUGUUGUGGCAAUGCCACAUCCUAGAUGGGGUGAAAGUCCAUGUGCCUUUGUUAUAUUGAGGGAAACCUCCAAAUUUAAAGAAGCAGAGAUCAUAGCACAUUGUCGGAAGAACUUGCCUGGAUUCAUGGUUCCAAAGAAGGUUAAAUUUGUGGAAGAGUUGCCCAAAACUGGAACAGGGAAAGUGCAGAAAAACAUAUUGAGAGCAGUGGCAAAGACAUUUGUGAUAACGGAAAAUGCAAAUCAAACAACCAAAAAGUCAAGCCAAAUCAACAGGGAAAAGCCUCGAGCUUACGAUCAGAGUCAUGAGCAGAUUCUUGCUUUGUCUCGUCUUUAGAGAUUGAAUAAAUGCUUAAAGAAAGACUUGUACAAAAGACUUGCAGCUGUUUGAAUACUUUUACUUGGAGUAAUAUUUUUUUUUUUUGGUUGCCAUUCAGUUUUUUAUUUCAGAGAAUCAAUGUAAAAUCACAUCUCUAAUUUCAGUUAACCAUGUAAGUUGUCUUCCUUA